CUCGCGAAUGUCUGCGCCGCGUCGCGUAUGACGAAUGACAUUCGAAAAUCGAACGACGAAAAAAAAGUGCAACUGCCAGUGACUAUUUUCAAACACCUAAUAUAAAAAGUUCCUCAACACUAUAGAAUUAGCGAAAAUGUCAAAGUUAAAACCAUAGACUAACCGACAAUAAACCAGAAAGAUAUGUACUUUGUCUACCUAUAGUGAAGUGGAUAGACAAUCCACUCAUAUGCACAGAGAGGCCUCCCACGUCUUCAGGGAUUCUCUAAAACUACGGCAGAAACUCCUACAACGGACCACCACGUACUUUAAAGUGGUAGAAUUCGUAAAAAAGGACGCCAUACGAUUCUUCACCUACGACUACGAGAUACACCAAUUGAUAUGAAUAUAUUUAUAGUCAACGGAUAUCAUUCGAAGAAUCUCGUUAAGUUGAAACUCAUUUGAUUCUCUGACAAUAAUAUUGACUCUAAUUUUAGCUACUAAAUAAAAUAGAAAUUCAAAAUGGCGGUGAAAGCGGAGCCUAUAGGUCCCAGAAAUGGGCAUGAGUUGGCGCCCUUGAAUACGAGAGCUGAUGGGAGCGAGCGGCCUCAUGGGGUGACGAUAGUUCUUCAAGGAUCCAGAGGGUCCCUACAGAGGGUGCCAGAGGUGCCAGGAGAGGACAGAGCAGCCUGGUCCGGAAAGUUGCAGUUCUUCCUGUCCAUUAUUGGGUACUCGGUGGGGUUGGGGAAUAUAUGGAGGUUCCCGUAUCUGUGCCAGCAGAAUGGAGGAGGUGCCUUCCUCAUCCCAUUCCUCAUCAUGCUGGUGCUAGAAGGCAUCCCGCUCUUCCUGAUCGAGAUGGCCAUCGGACAGAAGAUGAGGCUCGGCUCCCUGGGAGUAUGGAACACUAUACACCCCUGGCUGGGGGGGAUCGGGAUAUCCUCCUGCAUAGUCACCCUGUUUGUGGCGCUGUACUACAAUGUGAUCAUCACUUGGGUGUUUUUCUACCUGUUCAAUAGUGUGCGGAUCAACCUCCCCUGGGCAACUUGUCCUUCAGACAACAGCAGCGCCCAAAUCGAGUGCAACAAGGCGUCAGCCACUGCCUACUUCUGGUAUCGCUCGGCGUUAGAUGCUUCUCCAAGUAUCGAGGAGCCGGGGGCUCCGAGGUGGUGGAUCGUGCUGUGUCUCCUGCUGGCGUGGAUCGUGGUGUUCUUUAUCGUGAUGAAGGGCAUACAGAGCAGUGGGAAGGUGGUGUAUUUCACAUCGUUGUUCCCAUACGUGGUGUUGACGAUCUUCUUUGUCAGAGGGAUCACGCUUCCAGGCUCUGCUGAUGGCAUCGUGCACAUGUAUAGUCCGAAGCUGGAGAUGCUUCUCGAGCCGACCGUGUGGCUGGACGCGGCAACACAAGUGUUCUACUCCUUCGGCCUCGCCUUCGGCUCGCUCAUCGCCUUCGGCUCCUACAACCCGCCCGACAACAACUGCGUGCGUGACGUGUUGUUAGUGUCGGUGUGCAACGCGCUGACGGCUAUAUACGCGUCGGUCGUCAUCUUUAGUAUACUUGGAUUCAAGGCGUAUACUAUGGCGGAGAGGUGCAUUGCUAGCUCCAUCGAGAUCCUAGCACACAACCACAUCCCCGGAUUCUAUCCCAACACCACGUACGAUUACUACAGAGAGCACUACCCCGAUCUGGUGAAGGAGAACAUCACGACCCGACUCAAUCUGUCAGACUGCAGCAUGAGCAAGCAGCUUAAUGAGGCGGCGGAAGGCACAGGGCUCGCCUUCAUCGUGUUCACGCAAGCCAUCGUGGAGCUGCCCUUCGCCCCGUUCUGGUCCAUCAUCUUCUUCCUGAUGCUGCUGUCCUUAGGUCUUGGCAGCCAGAUCGGCAUCAUGGAGGGAAUGCUGUGCACCAUCUUUGAUAUUGAGUUCUUUAAGAGGAUCAGCAAGCCGAUUAUUACUGGGAUCGUAUGCAUUUUCUGCUUCGUAACUGGGCUGAUCUUCACGACUGGCGCUGGAGAGUAUUGGCUCAAGAUGUUUGACUCCUUCGCUGGUACUAUUGGCUUAGUGGUCGUCGCCCUCUUGGAGAUGGUCUCUGUCAUCUACAUCUACGGGCAUGAGAAGUUCUCAAACGACAUCUACGAGAUGACGGGCUACCGCCCCGGUCUCUACUGGCAGCUGACGUGGCGCUACAUCGGGCCCUGCGUCGUCUCCUGCAUCCUGCUCUCCUCAAUUAUCUCCAUGUUCUUAUCGCCGCCCACUUACGGCGCUUGGAAUGCUGAAGAGGGCCGCGUAGUAAAGACUCCGUACCCCGACUGGGUGCUCCUGAUCGCGCUCUGCAUGAUCCUGGCCGGAGUUCUGCCCAUACCGGUGGUCCUGCUGCUGCGCCGCUUCCAGUGCCUCGCCUUCGAUGUGGACAUCCACCAGGGCAGCAUCAGGAGGAUUGAGACCACAGUGUCCACUAAGGAGAUGAUGAGUGACCAGGAUUCAUCAGACGAAGCCAUCGACGACCACUACUCGUCCAGUAGUGACGAGGAGGUCCUCAACGCGGGCCGACUCGCCAUGCGACCCGUUUUCAAGAUGGACGUCGAUCCGAUGGGAGUUUGAAAAUCGAAUACGAUUCGUUUUUAAUUUAUGGGCUCUAUAGACACCGAUAUUGCAAGCGAUUUUUGAUACAUUGUGGGAUUGAGCGAUGUAUCGGGAGUUGGUAAUGUCUCAAAGGUUUAGUGCAAUUACAGCCUGGCAAAAAACAGUAGAAAAUAACAGGGGCGCCACCGUCUAUGUAAACCUUUUUGCAUGUGGCAACUAUUUUGACAAAUUUUGACACUUUUCUUUGAGAACAGUCAAGUGUUGCUGUGAAAAAAAAUUAGUUCCUGUUCUACUCUUUUUGGCCAAGCUGUAGAGUGUAUAGAGCAAACGUUUGCAGUGAAUAUUGGUUUUGUAAUGCGUAACACAAUCGAAUGUAAAUUGACAGGUUAAACGAAAGUUGGUUACAGAAUUUUACAAUAGAAAAAUAUGGAUUUUAACUUUUUAAGCAAUCACAUAUGCAUUAUGCACUGUGAAUAUCUUUCGUUCUGUUAUUUAUUCUCAAUUCAAAUUAAAUCACAAAUGUGUAUUUGGUAGUCUGUAACCAAAAAAAAUGAAUGAAAAAAAACCUAGUACUUGUUAUGUACGUGUUAUCGUACCUUUAUGUGUAAUCGAUGACUAGACCUGUCAAUUUUAAUAUCUGCAGUUGCGGUUACAUUUUCAUAAAUUAAUUAAUAAUGUCGAUAUUUUACGAUAUUUAUUUAAUGCUAGUUGUAAGUGUAAGUCAAGCCGCAGAUUGAUUAAUCAAUCUCCACAUCAUCAUAAAGAAAUGAUCGUGAAAUUACUGGAUAUUGUGAGUGUAUCAAAUUGAUCAACUGUUAGGGCUCGUUUAGACGGCGCGCAAAAUCACAUGCGUUUUUAGUUAUAUUGCGAACUGUUGCGACUUACAAUUGACCAGACCAAUCGAGUACAGUCAAAGGUAUUAAAUAUAGUUGCGGUGAAAAUGCUAAAAAUAUUUAUGUUCGAUGAUGAUGAUGAUGAUGAUGAUGAAUACGUAUAAUAUGCUUAUACGUUGUGGAUACAUAUUUUUGGCAAUUUGUCCGCAUCUAUAUUUAUACCUUGACUGUACUUGACCUAUCGCAAGGUAAAGAAAAUCGCUCGAGAUCUUGCAUCCGUGUAAACGGGCCGUAGGCCAUAAGAAUGUUCGCAGUGCGAAGAAUCUCAGUGAAAUAUGCCAAUGGUUCUAAACUAAGUCGUUGAUAAUUAGAGAAUUGUUAAAUUCAUGUGCACACAGGGUAGGUAGGAUUUUUAAAUGGCGUCGUUUCAAAAUAAUCUCAAGUUUGAAUUUAAAAAUUAGUAUUUCAGGUUAUAUGCAAUUAAUAUCAAAUCCAACUUGACUUUGAUUUUAAAAAUCCGAAUAGGCCGUCAGGUAAAAAAAAUAUGAAUAAAUUAAUAAUACAACUAUAGUCAAGGAUUUCACGUAAAGUCAGGAAGUUUGAAAUAUAGAAUAACAGAUACGUUAAAAGCAUCGAUCCAACCAAACAAAAAUGAAUUGAUAGUUAACAUGUAAUUUUUGGUCACCCUGUAUGUUAAAUAUAUUAUAGUGUCUAAAAAAUUAAAAAUUAAAAUGACAGUAGGUAUCUCAAUUAACUAAUUAAUAUAACAAUUACAAAAGACAACAAAAAUGUAAAGUCAUUGAUUUUUACAUAAAUAAAUUAUCCCACAAACAGAUGCACAGCUAAGAAAUACUACUUAAAAACUGAUAGCUAUGGAGCUAUUAUAUAAAGUUAUAUAUAUAUUUAUAAAUAUCAUUAUGAAAGUUAAUUCAUAGCUGUCAUAAACCAAUUCCUGUCCUUUUGUCACGUUAAUUUGGGGACCGGUUGAAUUGAAAUUUAAUUUAUAUCAUACGAUUUGAAAGAAAAAUCUAUAAUCACUAAGAUCAUAACCUCUGUGUGCACCUAGCCUUGUUAGGUCUAUUAGGCUGUAAACUUAACUUAGCGUUGACUUAGAGGCAUAACGCACUGACUUAGAUCAGUUAAUUUAAAAAAAAAACUAUAUAGGUACAUCACUUUUGGACAUACGUCGCUGGCAAGACGGUGGUACCUUAUUUUUUUUUAAGCUAUUAGCCGUCCAAUCGAAGUGCAAACUGCUGUGAACAACAUAGUUUUUGUUAAAAUAAUAGUUACUUUUAAAAUAAAGAGUAUCUUAAUAAUAAAGGUUCAAGAAGAUCUACAAAUCAAAAUAAAAAAACCUUUGUUCAAGUCAAUGGAACAAAUCCUUUUAAAAUAUUUAAGUUAAUUCUCAGAAUAUUUUUUGAUCAGUAUUUUAAAUUUAACUACUACUACUAGUCUUGCCAGCGACCAUUUAUUUGUAAUACACGAUUAUAUAUCGAAACAAGACAGGAGUAAUACGUUACCUUCGCAUACUAGUCUAAAUACUAGGUUAAGGGAAGCGAUGCUAGCUCGUUACUAGGUCCUAAGACCUAAACCUUAGGUAGACUAGCGUAGAACGCACAUGUUAUCCUGGGGAGGCAGGCUGGCCGGGAAAUGUAGGAAAAACUAGGAAAAUAAGGUUAAAAAUGUGAUUGAAUCUAUCAAAAGAUAUGAUAUUAGAGGCACAAUGCUAAAUCGGUAGACAAAUAUGUUAAUAAUCAACAACUUACAGGUCACCCUGUAUAACAUUAGGUCAUUCAUUUCAUUUAAAUAAAAUUGUGAUGAAAUUUAUCAAAAGAUAUUUAGGCACAAUGCCAAUAUGGUAAAAAAGAUAUAGGUUAAUAAUUGAAUUAUUUACCGGUCACCCUGUAUGGAAUUAGAUCAUUCAUUUAAAUAAAAAUGUGAUUAUAUCUCUCAAAAGAUAUGAUAUUAAAGAGACAAUGCCAACAUGGCAAGAAAUAAGUAUAUGUAAAUUAAUCGUUGACUUACCGGUCACCCUGUAUAUUAGAUCAUUCGUGCAUUCAUUUAAAUCUCAAUAUAUUUUUUUAUAUCACAACUAUGUGAAUUAUAAAAAAUGUUUUUAGUCUGUAACCCAGUGCUUAGUAAAUUAAAACAAGUAGAUACGACUUUUUGAUUGGGUUAAAGUUUUUGGGUACCUAUAUCUAUCUAUUUUUCUUGGUUAUUUAUCAAAUUUUCUUGUUGAGAUGUUUUUUUAGUGUAUGUUUAAAUAUAUUAAAACGUAUGGACGCAAACGACAGUGAUGCUCUUUAAAACAGAGUGAAACAGAAACAAUGUGAUUUUGACUUAAAAUACGCUUGACUCGUUUUCCAUAUAAGGGACCGUCCCCACUCAAGAGACGCAUGUCCUGAGGCGCGGAACGGACGUCCGCGCCACGCCGCCAGAAUGUAAUUUAAACGUCUCCUCAGUACAUUUCGUAUAGGGAGGACGCGCAAGGGACGCGCAAGAGACGUCUCUUGGCGCGCUACAGGCGGCACGGCGCGCGCCAAGCGACGCGUCGCCUGGGGGCGCGUCUUAUUUCUUUUCUAUACAAAAUGUACUGAGGAGACGUUUUUUAAAUUACAUUCAGGCAGCGUCUGUUCCGCGCCUCAGGACAUGCGUCUCUUGUGUGGGGAUGAUCCCUUACAGAAGAAUGUUAAAAAAUUUAAUGUGUUUAAUUAAAAAACAUCGGACAUUAUUAGCCCAUCUGAAGUCUGAUCAUUUCUUGUCAGACUAUAAAAACCGUGCUUGAUCAUCACAAUGAAUUAUAUCGUGUUCAUUAUAAGAAGGCUCAUUAGUGUUAAAAUGUAUGUAAUGUUGUAUGUUAAUGUAGCUAGUCCAGUCUGCCUCUCCAGUAUCGGAAUGCCAUAAAAAAAUUAGAAGCUAUUCGAGUCUUCCUUUAAGGAUGACUCUCCAAAACAGGUGUUACCAGCUUAAAUAAUUAUAUUUAUUAAGUGACGCAGUUCCAAAGAUGUAAAAAGUUGAGAUUGUAAAAAAAAAAUUCAAAGAUAUUUUAAUGUUUAUUAGCAUAUCUCUCAUUUAAGUUUAUUAAGAGCGUUUGUUUUUUUGCCAUUUUUUUUAUUUUUAUAUUUUUAGGGAAUUUUAGGUCAAGUGUACUCAGAAUCAAAAGGAGACAAAAAGUGUCCCAGAAUAUCCAUACAUUUUUGUUACUUUCCUCUUUUAUAAAUCCAUACAAAAUGUAUGGAAAAUGGUAAGAAAAUAAGAACAAUCCGUAUGGGAUAAUUUUUUUACCUAUUGAAAAAGCUUAUGAUUUUUAGUAGAAAUUACACAAAAUUUACCAAAAAUAAUAUUUUAAAAAAGUGGCAAAGAAGAGAAACGCUCAUUAA